UUCCUUUGCAGCAGGCAGUGGGCUUUCAGUUGGGGGCAGCUCUAGCAGGUGGGCUAUCCGAGAGCCCCAACUACACUGGUAAAAAGAGGAUUUAAGGUUUUGCCUGCAUCUGUGAGAAGACCAUGGCCCUUUUAAGGGUUUCUAAGGAGUCUCUGCUGGUGCUCUUACUCCAGAUUGGACUAAUCUGCUUGGCUCAGAGGGGUGAAGUUGGUCCCAAAGGUCCCCCAGGACCUCCUGGCAUAGCUGGUGUCCCCGGAGUGGAUGGGAUAGAUGGUGAACGAGGAGAAGACUCCACAGUGACCGGACCACCAGGACCUGAUGGUGCCAACGGCAGAGACGGGGAUCCUGGCUCCUCAGGCCUUCCAGGUGCAGAUGGACCUGUUGGACCUCCUGGGGAUCCAGGUCCUGUGGGUCCAAAAGGCUCAAAGGGGGAUCCUGGAACUCGAGGGCCUCCUGGAGAAACUGGUGUAGGACUUGACGGACUGGAUGGUAUUCCUGGUACAGAUGGUCUACCAGGUGAACUGGGAAAAGUUGGUCCUCCUGGAGUGAGAGGGAAGAGAGGUCCGGUUGGUCCUCCUGGUCAUGCUGGGCCUAUGGGACCUCCAGCUGUUUACGAGGGCGAGAAGCUGUGUCCCAGCACCUGCCCCUCAGGUCUGACUGGACAUUCUGGCCUUCCUGGCAUGAAAGGCCACAAAGGUGCUAAAGGUGAAUCAGGUGAACCUGGAAGACAAGGACACAAGGGAGAGGAGGGUGAUCAAGGACCACCUGGUGAAGUUGGAUUUCAAGGACUACCAGGCCCAGGUGGACCAAGAGGCUAUCCUGGAAUAGUGGGCUCCAAAGGUGACAGGGGACCCAGUGGAAAGCCUGGUGAUGCAGGUUCUCGAGGAACUCAGGGAACAGCAGGUGAUCCAGGUCAAAGAGGAGCUGCAGGUGAGACUGGACCAGGAGGAGUUCAGGGGGAGCAAGGACCACCAGGAAUCAGAGGAGUACCAGGGUCAAAAGGAGGACCUGGCCUUCCUGGUCCAGAUGGACGUGAGGGAAUACCUGGGCUUCCUGGUUCGAAGGGUCUUCCUGGAAAAAGUGGGGCUCCGGGUGAUUCUGGCACACAGGGACUUCCUGGUUUACCAGGAGCGCAUGGACCAAAAGGACAUGGUGGUGUGAAGGGCAACACAGGAGACCCAGGGGUUUUGGGACUGAUGGGGUCUCCAGGGAAACAAGGCGAGACUGGUGAGCAAGGACAGGUGGGACCUGUCGGACCCAGAGGAGGACCUGGAAGCAAAGGCAAUCUAGGACUUCCAGGACUUCCUGGUCCUGCUGGUUACACAGGCCAGAAGGGAGACAGGGGUGGAGUUGGUCUCAACGGCCCAAAAGGAGAACAGGGAUCUCCAGGCACUGAAGGAACACCAGGAGAAAAAGGAGACACUGGUGAUAAAGGAGAACCAGGAGAGAAAGGAUCGUCAGGUCCACCAGGAGAAAUAGGAAACAAAGGACCAGCAGGAGGCAGAGGACAACCAGGCAAAGAGGGCAAGCCUGGUCAGCCAGGACCACGAGGCAUGCAGGGAGACAGGGGGGUGCCAGGUCUGCCAGGACCCCAGGGACCAUCGGGGAAAUCUCCAACAGACUCACACAUCAAACAAGUGUGCAGGAGGGUGAUGCAAGAGCAGCUGGCCCAGCUAGCAGCCAGCCUCACCAGACCUGAAUCAGGCAUCGCUGGGCUCCCCGGCCCUCCAGGUCCACCUGGACCACCAGGCCCUGCUGGAGAAAAUGGAUUUCCUGGCCACACUGGGUCAAGAGGUCUUCCUGGUCUAAAGGGUCCACCUGGGUUACUUGGUAACAAAGGACCUAAAGGUGAUCAAGGUGACCGAGGGGACAGAGGACCAACAGUGAGAGGACCCAAAGGAGAACCAGGGGCUCCUGGUCUGCCAGGUGAACCCGGUCGCCAGGCUUACGGCAGUAAUGGCCGUGAUGGUGAGAGGGGACCCCGUGGUGUUUCUGGGAUCAAUGGCGUGCCUGGACCUCCGGGACCUCCUGGCAGAAAUGGUUACUGUGAGCCAUCGCAGUGUGUCAUGCCCAUGGUGGCACAGCCGGACCCUCCAAAAGACUCUGGUAUGAAGGGCCCCAAUGAGAUCUGAGGAGGGGCCCAAAUGAGGUGGAGGGAAAAAUAGACCGAUUGAAGUGAAUCCAGAAGUCUUUAAAAAGUUUUGUCCAUUUGGGGUUUUAUCACUUGGUUUGUGUAAAGAAAAAUAAAAAAACAUUCAUCAGCUUUUGCAACUA